UCUUUGAAGGCCUUUAUAUACCAUGCUCAUAUGCCUCCCCCAAUUCAAUGUUCAAAACAAUCUUCUGUCAAGAUUCUCUCUCUUCCACCCCGCCCCCUCCAGUUUCUCUCUCUCUCUCUCUCUAAAAACACCAAAAUCUAUCAAAAAAAUGGAGCAAAAUCUACCAAUUAUAGCCAAGAAAAUAUGGAACAUAAUGCGUGUGAUGUUUUUCAUGUUGAGAAAAGGCAUAUCAAAGGGGAAAUUAUUGGCUGAUCUUAACGUGAUGAUGAAACGUGGCAAAAUUGCCGGCAAGGCAAUUCAAAAUCUCAUGUUCCACCAAUGGUCCGCCGCCUCCGGCCGCCGCCUACACAACCGCAAUCUGUCGUUCCCUGUCUCAGUCACUGAAUACGAGUUCAGUUGCAGUAACAGCCCGGCUUAUCCCAAUUUCCAUAUUCCCUUUAAUCUCAACAAGCUCAAACAGAGCAUCCACCGCCGCGUCCACGCGCCACCCAUGGCCAACGAUUUUGCGACUGCAAAUGAGUUGGUGAAAGCCUUGGAGAUGCUCCACAGCGAGGCAGCGUCACCGGCCUUGCCAGGUUUCGGGAAGAGCCCUAUGGUGAGGCAACUCAGGAUUACUGAUUCUCCAUUUCCAUUGAGGGAUACUGAAGAGGAUAAUCAUGUAGAUGAAGCUGCUGAAAAGUUCAUUAUGAAGUUCUAUAAGGAUUUGAAAAAGCAAAAUGGAAUUGCUUAUUUUGGAUAAUCUUGAAUAAGUAAAUUUGAUUAUAAGUUGGUUUCAGAUUAAUCUGGUAGUGCCGGAAUUUUCAUGCAUUCGAGGCCACGCAGAAAUGAUAAAUCCAGGUCCUUCGAUGAGCAUGAGAAAUCGAGAAUCAGUGAAGGGAUCUUUCCAUUAAUUAUGAAUAAGAAUGAACUGUGUUCUAGAAACUUUAUGAGAAAAAUAAUGUAAUGAAUGUUAUGAAUAUUCCUUGUGCUACCAGAAAAAGAACAUUUAUAAUAAUUUUGUUGACAAUA